AUUUCGAGUAAAUCUAACAAGGUUUUAGGAACCUGGUGCUGACUCCAUUUGCACCCUUCUUUGUGCUGUUCGGAUAUGUCAUCGAGACAUCAUCGCAAGAAGAUCUCCAACUGUUGAAGCAGUUCAGUGCGUCCAUUGAAGAGACCAGUGAUGCGUCAGAGACCAUGCAAAAACUGUCGCGACUAUGCAAUAUCAUGAGCAACGUCGCGGCCCUGUAUGUCGAAGCAAAGUCUCAACAAGUGGAAGAUCAGGCAAUGGUACCCAUCGGUGACGAGUUCGACGUGUAUUUGAGCCAGCUCGGACUCAUGCCUGUCAUGGACUCGACCAUGGGCAACGCAGGUGAUCCCGAUGCAGAGUUUGGUGAGAACACUCAAGUCAACCAAAUGGCGGACUGGAUGUCUGGAAGUCGAAAUUUGCUGGGAUUGUUGGAACAGGAUAUAUCACAGAUCGGAGGUGUACAGUGGCCACCCAUGUAGAAUAGAAUGAUAGAAAGGACCCGGAUAGAUACUCGCAAAUAGA